CACAUCGACCAGUUCAAGUCCCCUCAGGAUCUUUUGUGUUUCAAGUUGCACACUUGCUGACCAUCUGCACUGGAGGAAAGAUGAGCAAGAAUUCGAAAAAGAACAUUGUCUACAAAAAAGUGUCGCGCGACAAGUCGAUUGCUGCAUAUCUGAGCAAAAGAGAUUUUGUGGAUCAUGGCAGCCAUAUUGAUCCUGUGGAUGGCGUGUUAUUGGUGGAUACUGGUUUCAUAAAAGAUCAGAAAGCGUAUUGUAGACUGAGCUGCAUUUUCCACUAUGGACCUGAGGACAUCGAGAUGAUUGGGCAGGCAUUCAAAAGAGAUCUGUACGUGUCAACAAUCCAGGUGUACCCUCCGACAGGUGGUCAAGUGAAACCCCUCACCAAGACACAGGAACGUCUGAUGAGGAAGAUUGGAGACAAAGCUUUGCCCUUCUGUUUUGAGUUCCCAAACCAUCUUCCCUGUUCUGUGUGUCUUCAGCCUGGUGCCAAUGACCCAGAAAAGUUCUGUUCCGUGGCUUUUGAGGUACUGGCUUUCUGUGUGAGCAGUCUGGAGGAAAAGAUUCGUAAAAGGAGCUCUGCGCGCUUGGCUAUCCGUAAAAUACAAUACGCUCCAGGCCGGUCAGGGCCACAGCCCAGUGCUCACAUCAGCAAGCAUUUCCUGAUGUCAGACCAGCCACUCCAU